AUGUCGCGUCAAGUCACUGGCCUUCCACCGGUCGUGCCACUCCUCCACCGUAUCGGGACUCCAGGUCUAUGCCUUUUCGCCGUUUGCGCUCUGAUGGUCCUCCUUGGGCUGUUGCAAGCAGGCCGUGGCAAUUCGGCGGAGUCGCAGAGGCCAGCAACGGAGUUGAAGCUCUUCGCGGACUCCGACGCCACCACUGAAAUGCAACGGCAAGCAGAUCUCCUGAAGGAGAAGAGGAUCGUAGACACUCUGGGAGCAGUCCCCAACUUUCUUUGGGGCACGGCCACUUCCGCGUACCAGGUGGAAGGCGCUUGGGAUGAAGGUGGGAGGUCGGAAUCGAUUUGGGAUGUCUUUUGCCACAAUGGUGGUGCCAUUGACGAUGCCUCUGGUGAUGUUAGCUGCAACUUCUACAACGAAUGGAAAUCAGACCUCGGUCUCCUCUCCUUGUACGGCUUCAACACCUACAGGUUCUCGAUCUCUUGGACGCGGGUCCUACCCUUCAUCAACGGAACGGCUACCCCCAACCAGGAAGGAAUCGACUUCUACAGGAAAGUGCUGGCAGAGCUGAUGGCGAGAGGCAUCACGCCCAUGGUGACGAUGUAUCACUGGGAUCUCCCGAAGGAGCUAGACUGGCGAGAGCCAGAGGUGGUGGAGCAUUUUGUGAGCUAUGCCAAGUUCCUCCUCACUACCUUUCCAGAGGUCAAGUUAUGGAUGACUAUCAACGAGCCGUUCAGCUUCUGCUUUCUGGGCUACCACAUCGGUGUCCAUGCGCCGGGUGUCGAGUCAAAAUACGACCAGUUCAAGUGCGGCCACCAUGUGAUUCUCGCACAUGCAAAGACCUUCGAGAUGUUCCGGAACUUGUUCCAUGGCCAGUCCGGGUACAAGAUGGGCAUCGUGAUAAACUACGAUUUCCCGGAGCCGCUUCAUCCGGACGACAAGAACGAUGUGAAGAGUGUCGAAGUCGAUGCACGGCAGAGGGUCGGCUGGUUUGCAGAUCCUCUCUUCUUCGGAGACUAUCCGGAGGAGUUGAAGAUAGUCACCGGCAAGCACCUUCCCCGCUUCACUGCGGCGGAGCAAGAGCUCUUGAAGUCAGGUGCCAAUCACCCGAUGUCGAUUUAUGGCUUGAACACGUAUGGCGGGAGGUACGUGUCGGCAAAGCAGCCUCAUGAAAAGCAGGAUUCUGAUGAUCACGGUGAUCGUGAUGACCACGAUGAUCAUGGUGAUCGAGACGUUGACCCUCUCCAUCCGCAAGAGCGCUUCUUCAAGGAUGGAAAGCCCAUCGGCGAUAAGUUCAUCGGGGCGUGGCUGUACAAGGUUCCGGAGGAGAUGUUGCUGCAUCUCCGCUGGGUGAACCAGCGCUAUCAGCCGCAUCAAAUCUACAUUACAGAGAACGGUUGCCCUGAUCCUGGCCACACUCAGUAUGCUUGGACGGUGGAUGAUUCGUACCGCAUCUCGUUCUUCCGCGACUACCUCGCCAAAGUAGCCGAAGCUGUGGAGGAAGGCAUCCCAGUCCAAGGAUACGUCGUGUGGUCGCUGCUGGACAACUUUGAGUGGGCCGACGGCUUCUCCCGGAGGUUUGGGCUGACUUACGUUGACUUUGGCACCCAGCUGCUGGGAAAGAACAUGCGCAAGGAGGAAUCGCAGUUGUCAGUAGGAAGAACAGCAGUCUUCACAAUGUUGCAGUGCUAUGGAGUGAUGGUGCUAGUGACUGCGAGUGCUGACCAGUGA